AUGAAGCGCACCAUGCGCUUGGUGCGCCGGAGCUCGGUCUCAGGUGUUCGGGAAGCCGCCGCCAAAGCCAUGGCCUUCUGCCAGAAGGAGACGGAGGCACACGUGGAACAGGACUGCACCGGAGAUGAAAUUCCCGGAAGAUCAUGGGAAGAUCAUGGGAAGAUCCCGAUUUUGAUUUUGGAAUUUUGGAUUGUCCAAUUCUUGGUGGUGGAGUCGUGGAGUCCCACGUAA